AUUUGUCUAUUUAAAUGUGAUAAACUCCAGAAACGUGAAACGGGGUUUAAAUAUAAACGCAGCAGGAGGAACAACAACAAUUUACAUGCAGUUGUUUUCCAUGCAGAACUGGAAAGCAUGACGACGAGCAUCCACUUUGUUCACUCAUUCCUCGUGUAGCGGUAGAAUUGCUGCAAAACUCGGCUUGCAGUCAGCUGUGCGUACAAUAUUUUACACGGAUUUUUUGGCUGGUAAAAAAAUUACAUGUUUAAAAUCAUUCAUAAAAUAUUUACCGUAGAUAAAUUAAAUUCCUUUCAGAGUGAAUUGUGUCCCGAUCUCAAGUAUUUAUUCGACAUGUCGACACGUGCCAAAAGCAGGGCACUGCUGAGAUCUCGUCCUGAUCGGGAUGGAAAAGAAGAGGAGAAUAAUAAAUUAGGAAACUUGGCCGAACGGGUGGCCGCUUUGGAACGUGUGGUCCAACAACUUGUCACGUGGACGAGGAUUGAACUGUUAAAGGGCAACGAUCCCGCUGAUAUCGUAAAGGAUUCGAUAAUUCAAUUGGAAAAUGAAGAGGAUCGUAGACCCACAAAAUCGUCAGGGCGGCCAGGCGUUGCAAAAAAAUCGACGAGCGGAGUCCGCAAAAAUCUAAAUCUACAAAAUAUUUCCACUUCUAUGGAUUCUGAAAGAUUAGAUAAUGUCAAGAAGAGUGACGAAUUUGACGAAAUUCAAGUCAAGUUUGAGCCUUUGGAAUUUCUUGAGAUUAAUCCGGAAGAUGACGGCAUGUCUGAGGGGGUUUUAUUUGAAGAAUGCGGCGACUUUGAGGAGAAUACUGGGGACGAGGAGGAUUAUCUGGUGGUAGCAGAUGCGGUUGGAGAGAAGUCGCCCAAAAAUGUGGAUGAUAUGGAUUACGACGACAACUAUGAUCCACAGGAUGACCUUUUCACGCUUAAAGAGGACGAAGAAACCGGAUCGGAUUGUUACUACAUUCCCAGUGCAAAAAAGAAGAAGAAAAUUCCCCCCAAAACUAAAAAGAUCGUGAUUAUCCCUUCCUCCCAACCGGAAGUAGAUCUUCCCAACCCGUACCUUCGACUAGGCCCCAAACUAACUCUGGAACAACUUGCAUCACACAACGUGAUGAAUAUCAGCGAUUCCGUUGCGACUAAAAGGACCCCCCGACCGAAAAAACGGAUUGGGAAGAAGAAGAAGAAGACGCCACGUGUCGGAUUCAAGUUCCAGUGUGACCACUGCUCCUAUGGGAGCAAUUUUCGGCGGAAGUAUUCCGAACACGUGCGUCACCACACGGGUGAACGACCCUUUUUGUGCGCCACGUGCGGAAAAGGAUUCCGGGGGAAGGAUUCGAUGAAGAGCCACGAGAAGACGCAUCACACGGAUAGAGCGACAUAUCCUUGUCCGGUGGAAGGCUGCUCGGAAACGUUCAAACAGGAGAGACGCGUGCAAAGCCAUGUCAAUAAAAUGCAUAAGGAUGCUCGGAGACAGUGUGAUAUUUGUCACGGGAUAUUUUCAGGUCGAUUAUCCCUACACUUCCACAAAAAGCGGAUGCAUCAAGAUCGUCCCUUCAUUUGUCCCAUAUGCGGCCAUAAAUUUGCAUUUGCACAUCAACUGAAAACCCACGUGGCGCUGCAUGCCAAUCCGAAUUAUGAAUUUAAAUCUCGCACGCGUCACGGUCCGCUGGACGAGGAAGAAGAACCCGUUCUCGAACCCCUUGACCCCGACAAGAUUUACGUCGUCCCGCCAAAAUUCGUGUGUACGGAGGAAGGCUGCGGGAAAUCGUAUCUGCUAGAAGUGCUCCUUCGAAACCACGUGCGGAAGAGGCACAUGACGGAAGAACAGCGCAAAGUGGGGUGUGACAAGUGCGGAAAAAUUUUGAAAGACUACAACCAUUUACGGUGUCACAUGAGAACGGUCCAUACCGAGGAGCGGGCACAUGUUUGCUCCAUUUGCGGGCAAGCGUUCAAAGUGCGGGGUCACAUGAUCCGACAUGAGCGCGGUCAUUCGAAUCCAAAUUGGAAACCGAGGUCGAAUUGUAAACCGAAAACGUAUAAAGUGGAAAGGAAAGAUGAGCAAAAUGAAGAAUUGGAUGUUCCCCAGGAAUCAUCGGAAUCGUGCGAAAUGGUCUCGAACAGUUUGGAAGAUGGAGAAAGUGAUAUUACGCAACCAAGUUAAUUUUAUGAUAUUGUUCAUUAAAGUCUUGCUAAUUUGUUCUUAAAAUGCUGAGCUGUUUGAAAAGUAUUAACGUAUUUAUGUGAAAUUCUUGUAUUUCUUGUUGUUAUAAACAUUUACGUAUUUAAAAUGAGGUAACAUGUUUAUUUUCAAAAAGUGUACGUAUGUAUUCUGAGCCGAUUCAGUAUUUAAAUAUGUAUUUACAUGUAAUUUGGCAUUUAAAUAUUUAUUACUUGAAUUUUGUGUAGAAAUGCAAUUUAUAUAAAAUUAUAAAUUAUGAAUUAUGAUAAAUCAAUUUUGAAAAAGCUUUAAAGAUAUGUUGGACAUGUUGUUCCGCGUUUUUGACAAAUAUUGAUAGUUAUUUAGUUAUUUAAAAAUAUCAAUAUUAUAUUUUCGGUAUGUAAGAAACAUGAUUUGCAUAAAUCAAGAUACACAAUUAGACCCAGUUUAAAAGAAAUGUCACAUCACUGCUCAAUAAUUAGUGAUAAUUGCUGGAAGUUCGCUCGGAUAUCCCACAAUCUGUUUAAAUUCGUCCACAUUGCAACAAUACGUGUACCCGUGGAGGAUGUUGUCCCUCUGGGGUUGUGUAAUUGUUAACCAAGGGACGCGAUCGCACAUGUCAGUGCAUUGUAUUCUCUCCACAGCUAUCUCUGCAGGGGUCGCGUGGGGAUUGUUGAAUUGAAUAAUUACCACGCCCUUGGUUGAUGGAAUGUCGUACACCAACUUCCAAAAGAAUCUUGGAGAUUAAUUUAAAACAAUAUGUACUCUUGUUAUAAUUGUUAUAAUUUAUAUGUAAAUAAAUUCAUCAAGGUAGCAAUAAAUAUAUGACCACGUGGAGAUUAAAAUCGAUUGUGUAGUAAUCUAAAGUAGAUAACUUGUUAUUAGAGAGUCUACAUAAUAUUUAUGAUUAAAUUUUUAAAUAAUAGAGUAAAUUUAUAUAAAGGAAUUCGUAUAAUGAAAAAAUCAACCCCGAAGAUUCGCAAUACAAUAUGUAAUUUUUAGUAAA